GACGGCUGGGUGAAGGAGCGCCUCGCUUGCCAGGCACGACGGGCAGAGCACCGAGCCCUCCGCCCCGCCCACGCCUGACGUCAGGCCAAGGCGUGUGGUCCACCGAAGCUGGAGGAUGAAGGAAGGAAACAGCUAAUUCGCAGGGAGGGGUGGGGGGUGGACAGAGCAGGACGUUCCUCUUUCUUUCCCCUAGUUUGGGUUUCAAAUUUGAGUAGGGGCUCAUCGACAUUUCUGGUAGCAUCUACUACGACCUAGGUGCCGAGUUCAUCGGUGGCUCCUUUGCGGGUCCACCCUUUAAGGCUAGCAGCCCCUCGCAGCCUUGCGUUCGUGGAGGUAGCCGGAGUACCAGGCUGCCAGCUGGACAGCCUUACUGAUCACCCUGUAACAAGAGGGGGUUCAUGCAUUCCUCUCGUGAGGGGCCUGGUACGUUCGUUGUAAAGUUCUGGUUUCCUUGGGGGAACAGAACGGCUGGGCGCAGUAGGUGCGCUUUCUUUAGUCUUCCCCGUUCCCACUCAGGGCCGAAAAGGGUUAAGUCUUGGCUGCAGCAUCUUGGGAGAAGUUAUAGUUAUUCAGUAUGUUUCCACUGACUGAAGGAAACAGGCAUGUGGCCCAGCUGAUGUUCAGUUCUGGCACCUGUCCAAGGUGCAUCUUCCGAUUCUGUGGUGUGGCUCUUCCGGCACCUUACAAACGCCCAACCAAGGAGUUGCUCAGUGAUCUACAAAAAUUUCUAGAACCAAAAAAACAUGAAUUAGUUUUGGAAGCUCCAAACCCACCAUUGAAGAAAAUUCGUCUACAUGAAGAUGGCAUUGAUAAUUUGAGUGAAUAUGGAAAGGAGGGAGUCUGUGUUACAGAAGACGAAAGCAUGGCCUCGAAGCUGAGAGUGUGCAAUGUUUGCUUAGGAAUUCUUCAGGGAUUCUGUGAGAAGGGGUUUGUUACAGAGGUGUGCCAAAAGGUUGAAGCCUCUGGGUUUGAAUUCAGCAGUGUGGUUUUAUCUGUCUCCUUCCCACCGCAGCUGUCUGUGAGAGAGGGAAAAUGUGAUCAUGUGAUCUUCCUCAAAAAAAAAAAAAAGGUAGAAGGAUCAUUCUGGGGAGAGGAGAGUGAAGGCUCCGCCUCCGGCUCCACAAAGUGAUGUUUUCCUAAACGGGCUCAAGUCUUCUGGCUUCGGAAAUAAUUCUAUUUCAAGAUAGAGUUAAAACAGCCUGCAACUGCUCCUGCUCCUCGGGGAUGUUAAAAGGCAGCAUAUUUUCCAAGCGAUUGGAGACAAAAUGAAUAAAGUUGAUUCUGAAAAUUA